AUGGCUAUAAACAUCUGGGAGGAGACUGUACAUUCAGCUACUCAUGGUCAACGUCUACCACCUUGUGAUUUUCCAGAGCCUCCUGCAGAGGACAAAGGAGGCACUGCAGUAGGAGCCCAGCAAGCCCCCCCAGAGGGGGGUGUUCAAAACGGUAUGAAUUUUGCCAAGAUCCGCCCUAUUGGGGAGCUUGCCAGGGUCCUGCUGUACACCAUGCGUGGAAUUUGGAAUUUUGGAUCCAGCCCUGGGAUGAGAUUGUCCCAAUUACAAUACCAAGUUCUCCAUGGUAGUGGGGUGGUUGCAGGAUUGAGGAGUAGUACUCUAGAUCGGGGGUUUCCUGAAGCUGUGAUUGGCUCUGUGACAGCCCAAAACCAGCAAACAACCGAUGAUCAAGGCUACCAAACCGAGAACUCAUCAUCACCAACACCAUCACUCACCAGGCAUCAAGAACAAGAACAAGAACAAUCAGACCAACCUCAUCAAUCCAUCCUACAUGACCAUCGACCACCUAGCUCACUACUACUACCACCCAACCAUCAUCAUCAUCAAUACCCUAGGAGUAACCUAGAAGAAGAAGAAGAAUCAAACAACCAAGCAACACCCUUCCGAUCUGGACUACUCUCCAGGCUCAAACAGAUCUGGAAUCAAGAACGUGAUCAAUACUUCUCAAACCAACAACAUCGAACCAGUCACCAACUCAACUCAUUCUCUCAUCACAAUCAAUCUGCCAGCGAUCGAGAACAGCAAGGACAACAUGAUAAUAACCUACAACAGGCUCAUCAAACACUCGGAGCAAAGGAGAUGGCACUCUGGAGAUGGGUCAACGUCGAUGAUCUCGACUCAUUCCUCCAGGACGUCUAUAGCUAUUACGUCGGAAAUGGGAUCUGGGCUAUCGGAUUAUCCAGACUAUCUAACCUAAUGACAGUCGGGUUCGUCAUCGGUUUCUCCAUCUUCCUCUUCGGAUGUAUCGACUACUCCAUCUUGAGAUCUAGUCACCACUUACACGAAGUCAUCGUCCCACAAUGCGUCUCAAGAUUCUCAGGUCUUGGUUUGCUCUUGGUAUUGGCCUUCUCUGGCUACUAUUCUUGGAGAGUCUUGAAGUUCGGUCAAGAGAUUUCAAACCUUUGGAAGAUGCAUGAAUUCUUUACUGAACUGUUAGAGGUUUCAGAGGCAGAUAUACAAACGAUUCCGUGGUACCGCCUAGUUGAACAAUUGUCCCGUUUGAAAGAUCAGCAUCCAGCUACGAUAGCUACAGGAGAGAGUGAAGGACGACGACGAGCGAUGGGAACACCUCACAUGCAAUCUGUCUUACAGAGGAAGCUGGAUGCACACGACGUAGCCAAUCAGAUCAUGCGAGAACAAAACUAUCUGAUCGCGUUGUUCAACAAGGAUAUCUUGAACCUCAGGCCGCCCCUACCCAAUUGGAUGGUCGGCAACUUCCUCAUCGCUGAGAAGCAUCUCACCACUUCUCUUGAAUGGAACCUCCUCUUCUCACUCCGUGGGUUCCUCCUCGAUCGUCGCGGUCAGGUCAAGCCCGAGUUUCUUGUCUCCUCCAGAUUCGAGCCUUCCAUGGCUCUCGGUUUACAGAGACGAUUCAGAUUGAUGGCGAUUAUCAACUUGAUCUUUGGGCCAUUUAUUGUGAUCUACGUUCUUAUCUAUUCAUUCUUUCGGUACUUUGAAGAGUAUCACAAGAACCCAGCGUCGAUCGGCUCGAGAAGCUUCACCAGAUUGGCCCAAUGGAAGUUCCGAGAAUACAACGAGCUUCCUCAUCUGUUUCAGGAAAGACUGGUCAGUAGUUGUUGUCUCUCGAAGCAAUAUAUCGACCAAUUCCCGAAGACGAAGACGACGAUCCUGGCGAAGUUUGUGAGCUUCAUUGCGGGCUCGUUCGCUGGAGUCUUGAUCCUGUUAUCGCUGUACGACCCAGAUGCAUUCUUACACUUUGAAAUCACGCCGGAGCGGAGUGUGUUAUUCUACAUCGGUUUGUUUGGCUCGAUCCUGGCGAUCUCCCGAGGAAUGAUUAAACAGGAGUACGAGGAGAAGAUCGAGCGACCGGGAGAUCUGAUGGAACGGAUCGUCGGCCUAACCCACUAUCUACCUUCUCAUUGGUAUGGCAAACUACAUGGACUCGAUGUCUAUAACGACUUCGGCCAGCUCUUCCAGCUCAGAAUCGUCAACUUUCUGAAUGAACUCAUGAGUAUCUUGCUCACCCCUUUCAUCUUCUGGUAUAACUUUGACCUUGAUCGUUGCCAGCGGAUCAUCGAGUUCUUCAGAGAAUUCACAAUUCAUGUCGAUGGGAUCGGUUAUGUUUGUUCUUUCUCGGUCUUUGAUUUUAAUAAGUUAGAUCUCGAUGCUUCUCCUGGUCCAAGUAGCAAUCCAAAUCAACCUCGACAUCCAUCUGACACACGCCAUGGUCGUCCGGCGGGUCAGCACCAGCACCAGCAGCAUCAGCAUCAUCAACCAACGAUGGCCAGUGUGCAGCAAAACGACAUCAACAAGAUGGAGCGAUCCCUGUUAAGUUUUGUAGCCCACCAUCCGAACUGGGAGCCAUCGAACCAGACCGCAUCGCUAUAUCUCUCGAAAGCGAUCGGCUUCUCGACCGUUGUCGGGGACUCCACUUACCAUCCCCAGCCAGCUCAUCUUGCAUACCAGCCCAAUCAACAGCCCUACUAUCCAUACCAGACAGGCUCCCAACUCGGCUCGCCCGUCCGACAUCGACUUGUACCUUCCGUGGGCAACAGCCAUUACCAACAGCCCCGGAACGGAUAUCUGGCCCCGAACGGCGUACGUUCCUCUCUCGCCGGCCAAAACUCACUUCUGGGUGGCGAAAGCAUGUCGGGCCCAGUCAGCCAUUCCUUCCUCAACUCGCGUCCGUCCCAGAUAGGUCUCCGCAGUCGGGCCAGUCGGCCGGCCUCACUUGGCCCUUCCAUGGGCACCCACACCCGUCCCAUCCAUCACACCUCCUCUUCCUCCUCUUCCUCAUUCUCGGCAGCUCCAGUUGGACUGGGCUCAAGAAGGACUGCUCCGGCUGGGAAACAGGCUAUGAUGGGCGUCGAAGCUAUCGAUGAAGAGGACCCCUCCUUGCUUGUCCCCAAUCUCAACAACAACAAUCCUCCUCCUCAUCCUCACCCUCCUGUCCAAGUCCAUAACUCUCUUCCUACUCCUGUCAAUCAUCUCUCGGCUCUCUCGGCUGCUGUAGAUGAAGAUGAUCCUUUCCAACAACCUUCAUAACACUUCCCUUUUCCCCUCCCUUCCCCCUCUUCCAUCAAACACAUAUCUUCCUUUUUUUUUUGAUGGGUGGUCAUAUGCAUAUGGCAAGAGUUGGUGGACAUGGAUCUUUUACAUUUUGUUUAGAGUCUCUUUGACUGAGGUUAGGCAGAGGAGAAGGGAACGAUUACUAUUACUAUUACUAUUAUUGCUACUAUGUAAGAAUUGUUCAUCAAUCAUGUACUCAUUUAUUUAUUUAUUUUUGAGUUUGGUGUUGUAAUAAUAAUCUCAAUGAAAAACAAGAAUAUA